UCAACUAGGGGAAUGAUAAAGAAUAGUACCAAAGUAUGUAAACUUUAAAUAAAUAAACAUAAUGCUUCGGUGAUGUAUUUUUAAUGUUAUAAUGAUAGUCGCCAUAAUAAUGUAAAUUAUACAUUAUGUUACACAUUACUAUCAAAGUGAACAAGAAUAGAGAAUUAAAAGAUAUAUACUGAAAUAUAAGAAUCUGUAAUAAACUUUAAUAAUUUUUGAUUUGAUUUUUAGUUAUUUUACAAUUUACACAUAAUGUUAGUAUGGUGUUUGAUGUUUGUUGUUUUUAUUAAUUGUUAAAGAUGUGUAAUGAAUUAUAACCAUUUUCCUAUUAUUUUAUUUUUUUUAAUUUCAAAUUACUUUAUUUUUUGUAAAUUUAAAACUGAAAAUGAUUCAAUUCCACCUUCGUUGUUGGAAUCAGUUGAGAAUGCACGAACUAACCUCAAAGAGUUUCAGGAACUAUAUAAGCUCACCAGGGGUGAGAUCUUGAAGUUUAGUGACCUUAUCAAAAACAUCCCAAACCACGAUUCAUACACACAUAAUAGGUUUACACAGGUCUCUGAACCUGCUAAUGAGGCUAAAAUAAGGGAAAGUUUAUAUGUAACUCAGUUGAAGAGAUCACGUCCACAAUCAACUGUUUCAAUAGACGUUAAAGAGAAUGUGGAAGAUGUUGUUAGAAACUCAACUGAUUUAAACUCUUUCACUGAAGAUCCUUAUGAAAAUUAUUUUGAAAAUGAGCUUGAGAGGAUGGAAUCUGAGCUUUCUUCAAAAAUAAGACUUAAAUCUAUAUCCGAUAGCCUUAAUUCACUGGGCGAAGAGGUUGAAAGACUAAUGACGCCUAAAGAUUCCACUAAAAAACACAUAGCCAAAAAAUCAAAAAAAGAGGAAUCUGUUGGUAAAUUAGUUUGUGAGGGAUCAAAUUACUCAUAACCUUAUAAUUGCAAUUUAAUAUUAUCAUUUUACUAA